AUGGAACGGUUUAAGCGUGGCAAUUUCCUCAUUUUGUUGUCUACGGAAGCAGCCGGGAUGGGAUGUGACAUUAGCGAUGUUCUCCGUGUUGUGCAGUACAAGUGUCCAGAAUCUAUCUUAGCUCUUGUGCAGCGUCUUGGGCGUGCGGCUCGCAAUCCGAAGCUUCGAGGUGAGGGUAUUUUAUUGGUACCCCCACCGUCCACUGAUACUAGGUUCCCAGAUAACGAUCUCGCCAAUUACAUUACGACUAAAGGAUGUCGGCGGGAAGUCCUUAAUAGUAUCUUCGGCAAUAACCCCUCACCUAAUGAAGACUGUUGCGAUAACUGCCAUAGAAUCCCUGAGCAGCUGCAACUUUGUUGCAAUGAAAUCCGCGUUGAUGUCACACCGAGAGUUCGUCGAACGGCAGAACAGAAGGAAGCUGCCAAGCGAGCCAUAAAGGAUUGGAGAUCGGCAGUGUUCCGAAGGGAUUUUGAGCCAGUUAAGCCCUGGCUAAGGGAAACUUGUGUGAUAACGGUUGUGGCGAUCAAUAAGUUGGGCGAAAAGUUUGGCAAUGUUACGACGGCCAAAUCAAUAAUGAAUCUCAGCGGCUGGACUUUUUGUUUUCCCAAACAUUUAAAGGAGCUCACCGACAUGCUUGUUCAAUUAAACGAGGAUAUUGAUAAUGAAGGUCGCUCAAACCUGCCGCCGCAGCUCCAAAUUAGGGACUCUCAUGUUAAUCAGGCUGGUCCUGUUCGGAGAGUUCGGCAGACCGCAAGGCCAACGUUUUCAUUUAAAAAUAUGACUUCUUUAGACUUUGCCACACCUAGAAAUACCGUGCUUCAGCUUCAGCCAGCUCAAUAUUCAACUCGAACUACUCCAAUAUUCUACAAGUACACAGUUUGGUCAAGCAACAGCAGCAUCAAGCGCCAUAUCACAGACUGGAACACAUGGAUCAAGCUUUUCCAACAGAAUCCUAUUCCCGGCCUUGAAUACAUUAAUGAAUUCAAAGACAUCUACCUGCGCGACAUUCAAUUCCCAAAAAUUGAGGAUGAUCCUUUUAGAAAUGGCUAUAACAAAUACAAAGGGGCCGCAUGGGUCAUGGAGCACAUUGACGAAGUAUUUGACGUAGACUCUGCUCUCUUCGCGUAUACGGUCGCACAAGAAAAGGAAUCAGUACUUCACUCUUUUAUAAUUGAUUUAAAGCCCGAAGACAUUCAUUCUGAGCUUGCCUAUAUACCCGAAAUCUACAGAGACAAGCUGAUUUCAUCAAUCAAUAGCGCCGACCAGAGAUUCUUGACCAAUAUUAACAUAAAGUGCGACACUUGGAUAGAACAUAUAUUGGACCACUAUUCAUCCUUACCUUCAUCAGAUCCUGACACGGGUCUCGACGCCUAUGAUCAGCUUCUUUCAUCAGGAUGGAGGACCAUGGAGGAGCUUUAUCCAGCUCAUACCAAAGAUGAUUCCAACUUUAUGAAAUGCCUAUAUGGAUUAUUACUACAGCUUCAUUCCUUGUACGCUGCUAACAAAAAUCUACUUCCUGACAAUGAAAAAGAGACAUGGUAUCUUAGCAACAUAUGGUACCCCUUCUUUCGUCUAAUUUGCAACCCCGCCAGCAAUCUUCAAUUUGAAUGCGCUGAAACAACUUCAUAUUCAUCAUUUGGAAGGCAAAACACCAAAAGGAGUUUGGGCACCAAACAAGUAACUGGACGCAAGUGCGAUAUUAUAUUUAAGUCAACAUUGUCCGGAGUAGAAAUAGCGGUAGUGGAGGCCAGCAAUGACAACCGUGGACCUAAUACAACUAAAUCGUUAAUGGAUGAACGAAAAAUAGCCAAAAUAUUAAAGGACAUGUUCGAUAGCAAUUGUAUGAAAGCUGCAGAGCCGACAAUAACCAGAGGCAAGGCUUCUACCUUUGGCAUACUAAUUAAUGGAGCUAGUGCAACACUUUGUUCUUUAUCCUACAUUGAUGGCCGAUAUUACCGGUUUUCCAAGGUUGAGCCGCUCGAAAUCCCACCUACUUGGAAUAUCAGUGCGAUCAUUCAUCUCCAGAUCUGGCUCACCAAAUUACUCAAAAAGAUGUAA